AUGGCUGGUUCCCAUAAUGACAUUACUGUAUUACGACACUCUCAUAUUUUCAACGAUUUCAUAAGAGGUCGCAUGCCAAAUGUACCAUUCAUUGUCAAUGGGUCCGUUUACCUCAGGCCCUAUUAUCUGACGGAUGGAAUUUAUCCGCGAUAUGCUGCACUAAUGCAGUCAAUCCCUCAUCCAUACACACCUGUGGAACAAGUAUUUGCAAGAACACAUGAGAGUGUUCGAAAGGAUGUCGAGCGUGCCUUUGACAUUCUACAAGCUAAAUGGGGCAUCACAAAGGGACCAAUUCGUUACUACAAGACUUCUGAGCUUAAAAAAAUUAUGCUUACAUGCAUCAUUCUACAUAACAUGAUUAUUGACGAUGAGAGGCAUAUUGAUAUCGAUCCAUGGAUGCCUCUGUCCGAUGAGGUUGUAUCCGCCAUUGACACCAUUACAACCCCAGAGGUUCUUGCACAAUACAUUCACUCACGUAUGGAACAGAUACGUGAUGACCAGAUCAAUGCAAGUCUGAAAAUGGAUUUGAUGGCUUAUAUAUGGAGUUUACAUGGCAACCUUCAAAUAUAA